AUGAUCAAAUCAAUUUUCUUUUUCACUUUUCUUACCAUAAUUCUCACUACCAAAACCACGACUCAACGGCUACCCGGCCUACGUCCAUUACCAAUUCCUCCAAUCACUCCUCGUCCACUAUGCAAAUCCCAAAUUAAUUUAGCCAACCAUGCAUGUGGAUUGCUCCCGUAUACUCCACUUCUCCCUGCGUCUUCCUAUCCUCCACCACCUCCCCCAAACGACCCGCCUCGUGAUGAAUACGAAGAUAAUGAUAGGCGUCGUCGUCAUCAUCAUCAUCAUGAUCGGCAUAGGCAUAGACAUAGGCACCACCACCAUGAAACCCCUACGGAACAGGAAUGUUGUAGAUGGCUCAAGGAAUUGGAUAGUGAAUGCGUGUGUAGUCUUUUAGUUCAUUUGGCUCCCUUUAUGAUUAGACCAUUACACGAGUAUACUAUUACAGUCGAGAAUGUUUGCAAUGUUACUUAUUAUUGCCCAAGCGUAUUCUUGUCGUGA